UUUGUUUGGUUAACAAAAUUGUCUCGCUUUUGGUUUAUUCAUCUUUCAUCAUUUUCUUGCCAUUUUAUUUAAUUGUAAAUACGUUUAAUUAAAUCUAAUUAAUUCUAUUCUAAUUCUAAAUUAUGUCUUCUGUUAAUAACUGUGAUCAAUGGAAGAGUAAUGUUGAUUCGUUGAGAUUUUGUCAAGCCGAUUUUCCUCUUUUUCAUAAUUCGUAUGGUUUCCCGACUAAAACAAGUAUUGAGGAGGAGAAGGUACAAAUUAAAAUAUUGAAAAGUUAUCGACUAGCGAGAUCUAAAUAUGCUGCGAAAAUUGAUUCUCUUGAACUCAAUCGAUCUUUACACUUAAGAUGGCUUAUUGAAGGUCUCUUUAAUCCUGAUGUUGGCUAUCAAUCUUUAGAUGCUGCCCAACCCUGGAUGGUUUAUUGGAUUGUACAUUCGAUCUCAUUGUUAGGCGAUGAAUCAUUAUUAGAUGAAUCUCGCAAUGAUAUAGUUACCUUUCUAAAUAGAUGUUGCCGACUUGAUGGAGGAUACGGAGGUGGACCAGAUCAAAUUCCUCAUUUAGCAACAACUUACGGAGCAAUAAGCGCUUUACUAACUCUAUCUCAUGAAGAUGCUUUGGCUUCUAUUGAUAGAUUAGCUUUGUAUAAAUAUCUGAUGAAAAUGCGUCAACCCGAUGGAUCAUUUGUCAUGCAUGAAGAUGGUGAAAGUGAUGUCAGGGGAAUUUAUUGUGCUGCUGCUGUAGCUUACAUGACGGGUAUUAAUACUAAUGAACUUUUUGAAGGUUCAGCAGAAUGGCUGUUAAAAUGUCAAACAUAUGAAGGUGGAUUCGGUGCCAUGCCAGAUGAGGAAGCCCAUGGGGGUUACUCUUUUUGUGCUCUUGCAGCUUUAACCCUUUUCGGUCAAGCUCAUAGAUGUGACCUUAAAUCUUUACUAAGAUGGACUGUGAUGAAACAGAAACCGAUUGAAGGUGGAUUCUGUGGUCGAACCAAUAAAUUAGUCGAUGGUUGUUACUCUUUCUGGCAAGCGGGAGCAAUUGCAAUCAUUGAAUCACAUUUAUCGAAACAAAAUCCUCAUCUAUUAAAUUUUAGAAAAUGGACUUUUAAUCAACAAGCAUUACAAGAAUAUCUUUUGGUCUGUUGUCAAGCCAAUCGAGGAGGUCUAAUUGAUAAACCAGGUCGAAUUCCCGAUUUUUAUCAUACCUGUUAUGAUUUAUCUGGACUUUCGGUUUCCCAAUUUGCGUUUGGAGCUGAUAUGGUUGUUGGUUCUCAAUCCAAUAAAUUGAUUCCUGUUCAUCCUGUUUAUAAUCUCACCAUGAAAUCAAUAACUUUUGCCAAUGAAUAUUUCAAAGAUUAUCCUUUUUCGUUACCAACCGAUGUACAAAAUUGAGAUAAUUUGUCAUUAAAACAAUUAGUAUUGUUGUAAAAUGUA